UUAAACGCACCAACGCGCCGUCGUGCUGUAUUACUUCGGUCGUGCAGAUAAAACCGAUCAUCUGGCUAGCACGUGGGCCAGGUGUGACUGGGACCGCAGGCGUGCGUGUUUCGUCGGGGAGGUCACGUGAUGGAUCCAUCGCGGUUACAUGUAAUCGCGAACUGAUAAUUCACCAGGGAAGUUCAUUGGUAAUGCCGGACUACGCGGACUUCCUAGUGGGGGUUGACAAUCGCAGCAUAAGAGCAGAGCCCAGCAAGUUAAGACAAUAGAGCGACACAACCGUUAGUCUACUAACAACAUUCGACAUGAUUAGCAACGAGGAACUCGACCUCUGCUACGAUUUUGGUCUGAAGCUGGCCGCCGAGGCGGGAGAGAUAAUCGAGGAUGCCAUCCAAGGCGUCAAAAAUAUCGAGACCAAAGCCGGAGACUGGGACCUGGUGACGCAGUACGACAAGAAAGUGGAGGAGACUGUGAUCAACAGCAUCGCCAAGAAGUUCCCGAAGCAUAAAUUUAUCGGCGAGGAGACAGUGUCGUCGACAAAUUCACUGCCGGAGUUGACGGAUGAGCCUACGUGGAUUAUCGAUCCGAUCGACGGCACCACGAACUUCGUUCACUCGUUCCCGUUCACGUGCGUAUCGAUCGCGUUGUCGGUCAAUAAGGAAUUGGAAAUCGGUGUUGUUUACAAUCCCGUGUUGAAGCAACUGUUCACGGCGAGGAAAGGCAGCGGAGCUUUCCUCAAUGGGAAGCCUAUCAAAUCCUCCAAAGUCGAACAAUUGGAGCAUUCGUUGCUCUGUCUGGAGGCAUCGUACGCGACGAUCGAGAGCAUCAGGGACAUCGUUCUGGGAAGAAUGGAGGCGUUCGUCUCGGUUGCUCACGGAAUACGAACAAUGGGAUCAGCGGCAUUGACUCUUUGUUACGUGGCAAUGGGCGCAGCGGAAGCCUAUCACUGUGACAAUCUGAUGCCUUGGGACGUGGCUGCCGGCGUGCUUAUCAUUAGGGAGGCUGGCGGGGUGGUGAUUGAUACAAGCGGCGGUGAAUUCAAUGUGUCGUUGCCGAAGGUGAUCGCCGCCGGCAAUCGCAACGUGGCCGUUGAACUGGUGAAGCUGAUAAAAAAGGCCGACGCCGCUACUUCGCUGAAGAAACAAGCAUAAGAAACAACCGUGGAAUAUUCUUCGCGCGUAAUCCUCUUAGACUGAAGCUCAUUAAGUAGACGAUCCUUCUGUUCACGCCUCGAACGACCAAAGAUUGACGAAGGAUCCUAGUUAAUAGAAGCUAAAAAAGUAUCGUUUCUGCGAGAAACGAGAAGCCGCAGCGCUUGAACCAGCGUCGCUUAGGGUCCUAUUAGCGUUAACUAUGUUAAUCUCAGUCUUCUAUAGAUGACAGUAGACAGUAGCAUCGGUUACAUAAGCGGUGCGCGGCUGCUCAGAGACAAUUGGAAACAAAGUUCCUCGGCGAUAAUACAAUGUUUUUUGCGCUCAA